UUUCGCCGAGAAAAAUAAAAAAAAAUCAAUUUUGAUGUUUCAGCUUCUUCUCCGAUGCAUUUGCUUGUCUUAUCGAAUUGAAAAAUCGAGACUUUUGACUUCCAUUGAAGCCCUUCAAAUUUUACCUGCGUCAAGAGCUGAAAGUGUUGGCCUUGGGUUUUGCUUCUGUCUACAAAGGAGCAUUGUGUAGUUAAAGAAGAUGGAUCUCUUAAGCAGUCUACCAGACGAGCUUCUUUGCCAUAUAUUGUCUUUCCUUACCACAAAGGAGGCUGCUUUAACAUCAGUUCUCUCAAAGAGGUGGCGGAAUCUGUUUGCCUUUGUCCCUAAUCUUGACAUUGAUGACUCUAUCUUUCUAUAUCCGGAAGAGGGUAAGCGAGAAAGAGACGGAAUUAUACAGAGCUUCAUUGAUUUUGUGGAUAGAGUAUUGGUGUUGCAGGGGAAUUUUCCCAUUGAGAAAGUUUCCAUCAAGUGUGGAACUGGUGUUGAUCAAGGUCUUGUGAAUGGUUGGAUAUGUAAUGCGCUGCAGCGUGGUGCCUCGGAGCUUGAUCUUAUUGUUCUUGUUACUGGUUUUGGAGAUAAUUAUUUGCUGUCUCCACAAGUUUUCAUUAGCUCGACACUAGUUGAGCUGAAAUUGGGGAGUGGAAUUAAAGUUGAUGGGUUGGAUGGUGAAGUAUUCUUACCGGUGCUUAAACUUCUCGUUCUUGACUCAGUUGAGUUUUGUUUUGAUCAGUUUCUGAUGCUUCUUCGUUGUUGUCCUGUGGUUAAGAAAUUAGAAAUGGUUAAUGUUGAGUGCGAAGAUUGGGAUCAGACUGUGUCUAGUGCAAGUCUCAAGUCUCUAAAAAUUAAGUCUGAGAGUUUUAGUUUUGAAAGGUUUUCAUUUGAUACACCAAAUCUUGUUUUCCUAGAUUACUCUGAAUUAGUCGCGGAGGACUAUCCAACAGUGAAUUUGGAAAACGUAGUUAAUGCUAGAAUCAACCUUUUAGCAAAUGAAUAUCAGAUCAAGCGAGCAAGAGAACCAGAUCAUGAAAUGUUAGAGGAAGAUUGGGAAGAUGUUUUUAUCCGAUUUAGUAAUGCGAAGAAGCUCAUGAGUGGCAUACGAAAUGUGAAGAAACUUUUCAUGUCUCCUACUACUCUUGAGUUGCUUUCUCUAUGCUGUGUGGCGAUGCCAGUGUUCAACAACCUAACAUUCUUAGCUAUUUUGAGUCAUGUGGAUCUCGGAUGGCAAGCAAUGUCAGUUAUCUUAAAGAACUGACCACACUUGGAAACUCUAGCACUUUGGGGUCUCUUACACUGUGUGACAGAUAAAUGCGGGGAUGCGUGUGACUGCAUUUCCCGGGAUGACAAAGGUCAUUCCCUCAUAUCUUGUCCGGUGAAGAUAUUACAUAUUAAGGCGUUUAUAGGAACAACUCGAGAGUUAAAGAUGAUAAAGCAUUUCCUAAACUUGUUUCCGUGUUUGAAGGAGAUGGAGAUACAUGCCGAAGAGAAUGAUCAGACAACCUUUGAAAUCCCUGGAAUGUUUGAGCGUAUCGUGGAGCUAAUGAAACUCUACAAUGAGUUAUCGAGUUGUUAUGUCCGAUUCAUGGUGUGUGAUUCCUUGUACAGGAAGUGGACUGCACAGUGAAGUCUUUAAGGAGUCUUUGGUAAAGAGAAUGAUUUUAUAGACCUCAAAGUCUCUGGUAUGUUUAAACUUGUCGCAACAAGUUUCUUAGUUUUCAUGUUUAAGAAGUGGACUAGUGCACACUGAUGUGUCUCAUAGUUUUGGUUCAGAAGCUAUUAGUUUAGCUCUUCUUUGCUCUCGGUCUCUGAGUUCUCUUCUCUUUAAGCAA